UCCGGGCGCUCUGAGGCCCCGCCAGGCCCCCGCCGCCGCCAUGGAAGGGCCCGGGGCCGCGGCCCCCGGCGGAGGGAACGUGCCCGCGUUCCUCACCAAGCUCUGGACGCUCGUGGAGGACCCGGACACGGACGCGCUGAUUUGCUGGAGCCCGAGUGGAAGCAGCUUCCACGUCUUCGACCAAGGCCAGUUUGCCAAGGAGGUGCUCCCAAAAUACUUCAAACACAACAACAUGGCCAGCUUCGUGCGCCAGCUCAACAUGUAUGGGUUCCGUAAGGUUGUGCACAUUGAGCAGGGGGGAUUGGUGAAGCCAGAGAAGGAUGACACGGAAUUCCAGCAUCCCUACUUCAUCCGAGGGCAGGAGCAUCUCCUGGAGAACAUCAAGAGGAAAGUAACCAGCGUAUCCAGCAUCAAGAACGAGGACAUCAAGGUCCAGCAGGACAACGUGACCAAGCUCCUGACUGACAUCCAGGUGAUGAAGGGGAAGCAGGAGAGCAUGGACUCCAAGCUCAUCGCCAUGAAGCAUGAGAACGAGGCGCUGUGGAGGGAGGUGGCCAGCCUGAGGCAGAAGCACGCCCAGCAGCAGAAGGUGGUCAAUAAGCUCAUCCAGUUCCUGAUCUCAUUGGUUCAAUCCAACCGCAUCCUCGGAGUGAAGAGGAAGAUCCCCCUGAUGCUGAACGAUGGCAGCCCAGCACAUUCCAUGCCCAAGUACAGCCGCCAGUAUUCCCUGGAGCACUCCUCCCCAUACACAGCUUCUUCCCCAGCAUACAGUGGCUCCAACCUCUAUUCCCCGGAUUCUUCAGCCAAUUCUGGUCCCAUCAUCUCCGACGUGACCGAGCUCGCCCAAUCCAGCCCCUCAGCAUCCCCCAGCGGCAGCCUCGAUGGGAGGAGCAGCCCCAUGGUGCGGAUCAAGGAGGAGCCCCCCAGCCCCAGCCGCAGCCCGCAGGUAGAGGAGGCCGGUCCUGGGCAGCCUCCUACCAUGGAGCCCUCGCUCUUCCCUUCCACCUUCAUUGACUCCUUCCUGCAGGAGCCUGAACCCAGCACCGGGGCUGCAGCCAGCACCGGUCCCACGCAGCCGCAGCCCAAGUGCCUCAGCAUCGCCUGCCUCGACAAGACAGAGCUCAACGAGCACGUGGACACCAUGGACUCCAACCUGGAGAGCCUGCAGACCAUGCUGAGCACGCACGGCUUCAGCGUGGACACGAGCGCCUUGCUGGAUCUCUUCAGCCCCUCCAUGACGGUCACGGACAUGAACCUGCCCGACCUGGACAGCAGCCUGGCCACUAUCCAGGAUCUCCUUUCAUCCCAGGAACAGCAGAAGCCCACGGAGCCCGAGGCCGGAGCAGGAGAUGCAGGGAAGCAGCUCGUGCACUACACAGCCCAGCCCCUAUUCCUAGUGGAUUCCAGUGCCGUGGACAUGGGCUCUGGGGAGCUUCCCAUCUUCUUCGAGCUGGGCGAGGGGCCCUAUUGCACGGACACCGAGGAAUACCCGGAUGAUCCCACCUUAUCCCUAUUGGGGGGACCCGAAGCCAAGCCCAAGGACCCCACUGUUUCCUAA